GUUCUUUAAUCUGAAAAAGUAGUUAUAACUAAGCCCUUUUAACAUAUCCAAUUAAUUAAUCUCGCUAAUUACUACAUGCAUCUGUCCUCAUUCCUCAUUAUAUAAUGGCAAUCCCUUCUCUCACUUUCCACACAAAUUAAUUAACACUAACACUACUACUAAUAAGUAACACAAAAGAAACUAACUCUCAUCACUGAAAAGUGAAAAAUGAAGAUCACAAAACAACAACAACAACAACCUCUCUUCUUUUCUGUCAAAUUUCUACUGCUAUCACUAGCACUCACCACCACCACCUUAGCCCAACUCCCCCCAACCCAGCCCGCUCCAUCUCCGCCUACAACCACCGCACCAUCCCCAGGAUUCAGCACAGUCCCCCUUGUACCGGUUUCACCAAGCGGCGCACCCAUCGCAGCGGCCCCAAAAGCCCCCACCAUUGAUAUAAUCCAAAUCCUGAAGAAAGCAAAAAGAUUCUCCGUCCUCAUCCGCCUACUGGAAACCACACAACUCAUCAACCAGCUCAACUCGCAGCUCGUAACUUCUGGUUCUGGAGGGUUAACCCUCUUUGCACCCGAAGAUACCGCCUUCUCAAAACUCAAACCAGGGUUCUUGAACUCCCUGAGUGACAGAAAGAAGGUGGAGUUGUUGCAGUUCCACACGCUCUCUUCCUUCAUCUCUAUCUCCAACUUCGACACGCUAACCAACCCGGUGCAGACGCAGGCCGGCGACGACCCUCAGAGGCUUCAGCUCAACGUAACCACCUACGGCGGCAGCCAGGUCAGCAUGACCACCGGCGCCGUCAAUGCCUCCAUCACCGGAACCGUUUACACAGACAGCAAACUCGCCAUAUACCAGGUGGACAAAGUGCUUCUCCCUCUGGACGUAGUGCUUCCCGCCAAGGCUCCGGCACCGGCGCCAGGGAAGGCUAAGGCUGACAAAACCAAGCCAUCCUCGUCGUCGUCGUCAUCCUCCGGUGAAGGGAAGGCUUCGCCCACAGAAGGUUCAUCAAAUGGUGGUGAAUCGAAGGGAAUGUGGAUGGGUGUUGUUCUUGUUGUCGUUGUUGGAGUGACUACUAUAAUAGGUUGAAGAUGAAGGAUUCAAUGGUUUUGUUGUGAUUCGAUUCUCUUUAAAUUUAUGUUGUUUAUGGUAUGUUAAGUUGUGAUAUAUAUUUUCUUUUCCUUUAUGCUUUUCUUCAUCCAUUUAUACAUCAUAUUUAUUUUUCAUGUUUCAGAGGAA